AUGACGGGUGACGGCCCCCCGGACGCGCCGCCAGCGGCUCCCGCGGUCACAGGCGUUGCGUUGGGCGCGGAUGGCAGCGGGUCAGACACCUUCCUGUCUCCUCACCAGGGUGCAGCCGCGGCGUCGUCCCCCACCGCCUCUCAGUCUGCUGGGCAGACUCGCGCCCGGCCCGAUCCCCUUGCUGAGCUGAGCAUCAUAAUGCGGCAGAUGCGAGAUGAGAUGAGAUCAUUCCGGGGCGACACCAGCAGGGACCUGCAGCGCAUCCGCGAGGACCUCCUCGAGCUAGACCUGCGCGUGAGCACGCUUGAGCAGCGGCGCUCGCUGGCAAGCACCCCGACAUCGCAACGGGCAGCACCCGCGGGCGCCCCGGCGCCCAGCCUCGACGCCCAGCGCGCCACCAUGGUGCAGGCCAUUGCCGCGCGGCGUCGUGCUGCCGCCGAAGCUGGGGGUGCCCUCGGUGCCGACGCCCCUGCCCCUAGCCCCGUAAGCCUCGCGCGAGCCGCGGCGCAGCGCCCGCGGCGCGAGAACGGCGAGUCCAUCACCACGUCGCAGCUACUUGCAGGCAGCGACGCUAGCCCACGCGCCGCCGCCCGCGGCCUCCUACGCGUCGCGACGCGGCCGCAGGGUGGCUUUGGCCCCGGCUUCCCGCAGGGAGGCAGCAGCAGCAGCAGUGGUAGGCCGUAUGGCCCGCCGCACACCUCAGAGCCCCACCCUCGGGAGCAACAGCCGCAUCAGCGGCAGCAGCAGCAGCACGAGCCGUGGCGGCCGUUUGGCUCGGCCAGCGGGGGCCCACCCCUGGCGGAGCCGGGCCUCAGCGGCGGCUGCGCGGCCCCGCCUGGCAUGUCCCAGGCCCGCACCCACUGGAUGACCGCGGCCGCCGCCUUCGGUCAUGACCGGCCGCCGCCCCGCGAAUGGCGUCCGGACCCCAACUUCCCGUGGACAGAGGGGGAGAUUGCGCACCCCCCGGGCUUCGACCCGGCAGUGCAGCCAGCCUCCCACAACCAGGGCCUGAAGGCCCAUCAGCCCCACCUGCGUCUGAACAUGUACGGGUAUGAGUUGCGCAAACUCCUCACCGCCCUUCAGACGUAUGUGAGCACUCAGGUGCAGAACCGCCCGUCCACAGUCGGCGGGGCGUUGCAGCAUGCGCUCACCUGCUUCGAGGGCGACGAUCAGACGCACGUGAGCGGGCACAUGCCCCUCAUCACGGGCGACCUCAUGUACGCGCUCCCCCCGCGCCAGCGCUUCGCGGGCGUUUACUUGCACCCCGGCCAGGCGGACCAGGUCGGGGCUGUCAUCGCCUACAGCGUGCGUUCGCACCUGUACGACAAGCAGCCCGAGCGCGAUGUGGCCGUCCUGCGCGCUAUGCGCCAGGGGAAGGAUUCCCUCACGUGCUCGAAAGUGGACAGGAACGAGCCGCCCAGCGAGGCCCUGGAACGGUUCAUGAUGCUCGCCCGUGACCACCGCGUCCAGUCCCGCGUUUCAGUGACGGAGAUGCUCAACCUCAUCAGCGCCAUGCUGCACGAGCACCUCAACCAGGACUGGCGCCUGAUCCGGCAGAUGCACAUGAGCGGGCGCGUGGCGACCGGCAAUAGCCACGCCGCCAUGCUGUACGCGCUCGAGACAGAGGCCAAGCACAUCCUGGAUGAGGCAUGGGACGCUUACCUUGCCCGCCUCCCCGAGAGUGGCAAGCGCACCCAGCAGGAGCCUGAGCCCGCCGCGACCGCCGUCUCCCGGCGCCUGCGCGGCCUUCGCCCGGCCCCGGCGGCAGCCGCCGCCACGCUCGCGGAAGAGGACGACAGCGAGGACCCCGCCACUGACGCGGUGGCGGCCGCUCUGGCGGCCCUGGCCGCGGCUGCGGCAGUGCCGGCAAACCGCCAGCGCCUGAACGGGAUUCUUGCGGCGGCGGCCGGCGCCGGCCCCGCCCCGCCGCCCGCUGUCGCGGCACCAACGGGAGCGGCCGUUCAGCGCGCGUCCACGCGUGCCGCUCGCCCUGCAGGCCAGGCGUCGGAUCGCGUGUGCUUCCGGUGCCAGCAGCCCGGGCACCUUGCCCGCGAGUGCCCGCAAGCAGCGAGGGCCAACGCAGCAGCCGACGGCGCCACGUCGAGCGAUGACGAGCAGCCAGGCGUGGCUAGCUACGCGGCCGCCCCUGCGUACGACUAUGACGAGGGGCCUUUUGAGGACGAGGGGGUCGCCGGCUGCACCGUGGCCCUGGAGGAGGUGCCCUCUGACGUCACCGCGACCGCCGCCGCCGAUCCGGACUCUGGGCCACAGCAGGAGGCGGCUGCUAACGCCCGCGCCACCUACAACGGCCAGCGCCUCCCCGUCGG